UACAGAUUAUCAAUUAUGGUCAAAUACUCCGUUGGCUUGGCUUUUCUUGCUACCACUAUCAUUUCUGCUGUUCUUGCUUGUGAUGAUGCCUGUACUGCUGUUAGCGACCGAGGCGGCCGUUGCUACUAUGCCUGUAUUGAAAAUGCUUGCCACUUCACAGGCCAACACCAUCGUGAUCAGUUUUUGAAUGGCUUGGGUACCCGUGGCUAUUCUUGCCGACCUGAAGGUGCUACCACUUUGUCUUGCGAUAAGAACGUAAAUAAUUUUGGAAAUUGUUGGAGCCAUAAAUGGCAAUGUGGUGAUUGUUGA